UGAGAAUCGGUACACAGCGCUACGAUAAUCGUCCGUUUACGAAAUAAAAGGCACUGAUAGAGCUGUAUGGUGUAGAUUUGGGACGUAUAUUUAAAGGUUGUCUUUCAACUGUCUACAUUUGAGGUGUCAGAAUCCAGCUAGAAAGUUCGUGUUAAUUUGUUUUUCUGCAGACAACUGUUGCGUUUCCGGUCAUUGAUUCAACUAUUUGGGCGUCGACCGUUUGCGACGAUAACGAGUGCUGCGUACUAGAAGAUUGAGCGGAAACCUCUUUUACAGUUGAUCCAACCCCUCCUCUCGCAAAAAGGAAAAAGUCUGCGCCGGAGAUGGAACCGGCAUUCUUUCGGGGUCUCAAAACCCUUCAGGUCCCCAUGACUUUGUAUCUAAAGAAUCGGCAACGGCUGAGUGCGCGUUUGCUCGCAAAGCCUUACGUGAUACAGGAAAAAUCGUUUGUACUACUGAAGGGCGGUGAAUCUUCAUUUUUGUACUGCACGGAUAGGGAAAAUCUCUUCCGUCAAGAGUCAUUCUUCCAUUGGGCGUUCGGUGCCGAAGAGCCCGAUUGCCUCGGUGCAGUCGAGGUAAAGACCGGUCGAUCAGUUCUAUUUGUACCACGUCGGCCUUGCGAAUACGCCGUCUGGUUGGGACAUAUUCUUUCUACGGAAGAAUUCAAAGCGAAAUAUGGUACUGAUGAAGUGCGUUACACAGACGAAAUUGUCGCGUUCUUCAAGGAAAAGGACGCUCAGAUGAUCUACUUACUUGAAGGUGUCAAUUCCGACUCUAAAUUAAAGACGGCGGCAGCAACUUUCAACGACAUCGAUCAAUUCAAAACAGACCGUUCGCUCCUUUAUAACGAGAUUUGCGAACUUCGUGUGAUUAAAACCCCUGAGGAAGUAGCGGUAAUCCGGUAUGCCAACGAGGUGAGCUCUGAAGCCCAUAAAAAGGUGAUGCGAACUGUUCGACCUGGCAUGAAGGAAUACCAACUGGAAAGUCUCUUUUUGCACCACUGCUACUCAGAAGGUGGCGCCCGUCACGUGUGCUACACCUGUAUCGCAGCUACUGGAGAAAACAGUGCUGUCCUCCACUAUGGACACGCAGGUGCACCCAAUACGCGGACGCUACAUGAAGGAGAUAUGUGCCUCUUUGAUAUGGGCUGUGAGUACAGCUGCUAUUGCUCGGAUAUUACCUGCUCGUUCCCCGUCAGCGGGAAGUUCAGUGACAAACAGCGGCUAAUAUACCAGGCGGUGUACCAUGCAAACAAGGCUGUGAUGAAAGCAGUCAAACCCGGAGUUAGUUGGAUAGACAUGCAUCUCCUUGCAGAAAGGAAAAUCUUAGGUGACCUUAUCGCUGGCGGAUUGCUACAAGGAGAUUUGGAAGCCAUGAUGUCGGCUCGUCUGGGGGCCGUGUUCAUGCCGCACGGUUUAGGCCACUUGAUAGGCUGCGAUGUCCAUGACGUGGGCGGUUACCUCGAUACGUGUCCAAAACGACCGGAUCAAAAGGGAUUAAGGAAUCUACGUACAGCACGAACAUUGCAGGAGAAUAUGGUUCUAACCAUUGAGCCCGGCUGUUACUUCAUCGAUUGUCUGCUCGAUCAGGCUUUUAAGGAUCCUGCUCAGGUUCAGUUUCUUGUGCCCGAUAAGAUAGCGGAAUUCCGAGGUUUUGGAGGAGUUCGCAUCGAGGAUAACGUUGUAAUCACGGCUACGGGCUGUGAAAACCUCACAAAGGUUCCACGCACUAUUUCGGAAAUUGAGUCCUAUAUCUCUGGCGUGCAAACCGAGACCUAGGAGCCGCCGGCGGCCAGCGACAGUAAUAAAGUUUAAAACGAAAUAUAAUUGUCCAUUCAAAAUUCACGUCCGUCAUUGUUAUGGCACGAACAUGGAUGGUGUAGUAGGCUAAUUUAGACCUUCUUCUGCAGUCGUUGUCUGAAGUGGUAGGCAUUCGCAUUAAAAACUUUUAUUUGCUGAACAACGUGAGUUCCAUACGCUUAGGCUUGUAUAAACAAGAUUUUAUGAUUAUCUUGUUUCCAUUUCAAACGUGAUAAAUCACCCUUAUGUUUAGAGAUGAGAGGCAAUGAGCUCGUGGUGGAUACCCACCAAUAGCAGACUUAAGUAAGUGUAGAGACAUGUGGAAAUAUUCACUCAGCGUUAAUAUGGUGCCGUAGUAAGAUGUCAUUCCAGCGUUUAGGUCAAUCAGGUAUUGACAUAGACCUUUUUUGUCCUGUGAACUUUGUUUUAUAAGUUUUAGAAAUUUGAUUACUCAUAUGAAAGGUCUAGCAUUUGUAUGAUCAAAACGCUUAUACGAAACGCAAUUUGAUGUAAAUGAAAUUAAAUUUAACAUGCAAAGCUUGUUUAUAAAGAUACCCAUCAGGAUAUUAUAAUGCCAACCUACAAUUGUAGUUUAUUGUGACGUUAAUUUGGAAUACCUUUGGAUAAUUUGGAAUAAUUUGGAAUCAAAUAUGACAAGUGAAGUAUAUUUUGUUUUAAUGCUAAACAAUUGCGUAUGGAUAGGUCAAUGAAAUCUGAUUUUCAAAAAAAAAAUAUAUUAAAAUGAACUAGAAAGCCACCAUAGCAUUCAUUUUGUAACAUUUCCCAUGUAUACGAACAGAUAUCAGACGCCGUGUGUUCGACAAAUAGUGCUACAAGAGAGAGAGAGAGAGAAAGCAAGGAGGUGCGCGGGUGGCUUGUAACGGAGAACGCGUAGGAGAGGGGAUUUCAGCUUUCCGAUAGUAAGUUGACAUGGAAAAUAUGAGUGCCGCGAUAAAAUAACUUGCUGUGCAAAAUACUGUGGAUUGUGUUAAAGCGGUCGAGUGGAGAAUGUAGAGGAAGCAGCUCGAAUCGCCUUGUUCAAGUUGUCCAUCACGUGGCCUAGCCAGAGGUGUAGCAACGGCGCUGCUUUGCUUUAGGAUUUCCGUUUUUUCACAUCGUCAACUAAGACAGCCACCGGCCGUUGAGUAGAAGAAGUGGAGAUUGGGUCCACUGAUCUAAAUGCGUUUAGGAAGUGCGAAAACUCUGAUCGGUCACUUAUCGCUAAAAAAUGACAUUGGACCAAAUAAUAGGUCUUGGUUCAACAUUCUACAGCAGGCAGUGGCAAGUUCAAUUUCUGACAAAAUCGAGUUGACACGGCGAAAAAACACAAAAUCUUCAUCAAUACCUCCUUUUGGUCAACUUUUGAAAAAUUUUCAGGAAAUGGUGAUAUCUAGUCGAACAGUUAGUCGUGCCUCACUAUUAUAUGCUAGCUGAGCUGUGCGUCUAACCAUUGUAGACUAACACAGGCCAUUUCUCCUUUAUUUUACGAAAAUAAGAUACCCAAAGCAGAAUGAGCCGAUAUUAGCCAUCAUACUCUGAUAACUUUUGUAAGUACAUCUUACAUAGCCUUUGCGCAGCUGUCUAGGCUGGACCUUUUGCGGUGUCGGAAAAGAAGAAAGGAAGAAUGAAAGAAAAAGGAAAAGAGGCCUCGGAAAAGUGCCUGUCUCUCUCUCUCGGAAAAGUGAUCAGUUUUCAUAGUCGGAUGUGCACUCAACGAAAAAGCAUACUCUUCUCGAUUAAUCGGCCUAGUAUCAGCAUCCCAUAGACGUUCGUGUCCAGUCUGCCAUGACAAUGAUAUGUCUUCAGUUAGUAAAACUAGUCGAGGAUGUUUUUAAAAAAUGAAAUAUAUAUAUAUAUAUAUAUAUAUAUUGUAUGGUAGUCCCCAAAACUGAAGACAGCUAGUGUUUCGUCUAGGCUAGAAUUUCGCGAAAUGAAGGUAUCGCUGUGUCGUUUGUUGUAGCACCCUGCAUUACCGAUUAAGCUUCCUCCUUAUCUUUCUUUUCUGUGAGCGCGGAUCGCAACAAAAAACGACUUAUACAUAUACAUAUAUAUAUAUAUAUAUAUAUAGCUACUGCUCUCAUUUAUUUGACGCUUCUUAAUUCCUUAUCUAACCAUAAACAUGAUUCGUCCUAAUCCAUUGUUCUGGGACUAAUGCUCUACUAAGUAGAUUAGAAACCCCAUUUCACGCGAUCAUUCUAUAAAACCUUUAAAACAAAUUGUCGACUUGACUCCAACGAAACGAUACGCCAUUUGAGUAAAUCAGAAUCAGGAUAUACAAAUUACACAUUCUACAUUUUACCUGAACUCGUUGUCGAUAUUUUUGAUAUUCACUUCUGAAUAUGAUUUGGCGUACGCAAACAAGCCCCGUUCGUUUUCUUGAGACGCUUUAUGCAACGCUGCUCAAGCUUAGUUUUAGAUUUGACAAAGCAAUUUCACUCUACCGUGAGCUAAUAAGUGUAGAGCUCGACCCCGACACGUGGACCUUAUACCCUUCAUAGGAGCCACAGUAACUUGUGAACGGUUCUAUGAAAUUACAUAAUCUAGCUGUCUCACAAAUAAAGUGAUGGACAUUGAUUUUCCGUAUAUCUAUGCAUACCUAUGUUCUAA